AUGUCUGUCGAGACCAUCACCACCAUCUCGCCCAUCACCAACAAGCCCGUUGUCGUGCGCAAUGGCUUGUCGGACAUCGACCUGCAGCGCCUCCCCGCAACUGCGGUAGAGGCCUUCAAUGCCUUCCGCAAGACCUCGCUGGACGAGCGUAAGGCAAUUGUCAAGAAGGCCAUGGAUAACCUUGAGGCUCGCAAGGACCAGAUUGCCAAGGAGAUCACCGAGCAGAUGGGUCGUCCCAUCGCCUACACUGCCAAGGAAGUUUCGACUGCCGUGAUGCGCGGCAACUAUCUUCUGAAGGUUUCCGACGAGGCGUUGGCCGCCACGGAUGGUGAGCCUGAGAAGGGUUUCAAGCGCUACAUCAAGAAGGUCCCGGUUGGACCCGUUUUGAUCUUGUUCCCGUGGAACUACCCCUACCUUACCCUCAUUAACUCGGUUGUUCCCGCCAUCCUCGCCGGCAAUUCCGUUAUCCUGAAGCCCUCCCCGCAGACCCCCACCAGCGCAGAGCACUUGGCCCAGGUUUUCGCCGACGCGGGCCUGCCUCCGAACGUCAUUCAAUAUUUCCACUGUGGCUCGUACACCCAGAUCGAGACUCUGGUCAGGAAUCCUGCAAUCCAGUUGGUGUGUUUCACCGGCUCGGUGGCUGGCGGUUUAGCCGUUCAACGCGCCGCUAGUGACAGGAUCGAUGUGCGGGUUGGUCUGGAACUUGGUGGCAAGGACCCUGCCUACAUUCGUCCUGAUGUGGACAUCAAGUGGGCUGCAGAGGAAAUUGUUGACGGCGCCGUCUUCAACUCUGGCCAGAGCUGCUGCAGCGUUGAGCGCGUCUACGUUCACGAGAGUGUUCACGACGAGUUCGUGGCGGCUGUCCAGGAAGUCCUCAAGGGCUACAAGCUGGGCGAUCCUUUCGAUGCGAAGACCCACGUUGGCCCGGUAGUCUCCAAGAGGUCUGCCGAGACCAUCCGUUCUCACAUUAAGGAGGCUUUGGAGAAGGGUGCAAAGGAUGCCACUCCCGACAAUGAAUCUUUCAAGAACCCGCCUGCCGAUGGCAACUUCGUUGCGCCUACUCUCCUCACGAAUGUCGAUCACACCAUGACCGUCAUCACUGAGGAGACGUUUGGCCCGGUCAUUCCUGUGGUCAAGGUGAAGGAUGAUAGUGAGGCGAUUCGCCUGAUGAACGACAGCCAGUUUGGCCUCACCGCCAGCAUCUGGACCAAGGAUGUGGAGAAGGGACACGCGCUAGCAGACGACGUGGAGGCAGGAACCGUGUUCGUGAACCGUUGCGAUUAUCCCGCGCCGGACCUUGCAUGGGUGGGUUGGAAGGAGUCGGGCAAAGGACAGACGCUCAGCAAAUUCGGCUUCGAUCAAUUCGUCAAGCUGAAGAGCUACCAUGUGAAGGACUACCCCAAAUAG